AUGGCGACAAAUUCGAUACCAUUAGCAUACCAAGGAAACACAUCGGCAGCAUCUCCCGACUGGCUAAACAAAGGCGACAACGCAUGGCAAAUGAUCUCAGCCACCCUAGUCGGUCUCCAAAGUGUCCCCGGUCUAGUUAUUCUAUACGGAAGCAUCGUAAAAAAGAAAUGGGCAGUCAAUUCCGCCUUCAUGGCUCUCUACGCCUUCGCAGCCGUAAUCAUAUGUUGGGUCACAUGGGCUUACAACAUGUCUUUUGGCGACAAGCUUUUACCUUUUUGGGGAAAAGCUGGUCCUGCACUUGGUCAGAGAUUUCUAAUAGCUCAAGCUAAAUUACCAGCUUCAACACAUCACUUUAGUAAUGGGACUGUGGAAACGCAGAUGAUAACUCCGUUUUAUCCUAUGGCUACUAUGGUUUGGUUUCAAUGUGCUUUUGCUGCUAUAACUUUGAUUUUGUUGGCGGGAUCUUUGUUGGGGAGGAUGAAUAUUAAGGCUUGGAUGAUGUUUGUUCCUUUGUGGUUAACGUUUUCUUAUACUGUUGGUGCGUUUAGUCUUUGGGGUGGUGGGUUUUUGUUUCAUUGGGGUGUUAUUGAUUAUUCUGGCGGUUAUGUUAUUCAUCUUUCCUCGGGUAUUGCCGGCUUCGUCGCAGCUUACUGGGUGGGGCCAAGAUUGCCGGCGGACAGGGAGAGAUUCCCGCCGAACAACGUUUUGUUAAUGCUAGCCGGAGCAGGUCUAUUGUGGAUGGGAUGGGCCGGUUUCAACGGGGGCGAUCCAUACAGUGCCAAUAUUGAUUCCUCCAUGGCUGUCCUCAACACCAACAUAUGCGCCGCCACCAGCCUCCUAGUCUGGACUUGGCUCGACGUCAUCUUCUUCGACAAACCCUCCGUCAUCGGCGCCGUACAGGGCAUGAUCACUGGUCUCGUCUGCAUCACUCCUGGAGCAGGUCUAGUUCAAGGAUGGGCAGCAAUAGUAAUGGGAAUUCUCUCAGGGAGUGUGCCAUGGUUCACGAUGAUGGUGGUCCACAAGCGUUGGUCACUCCUUCAAAAAGUUGACGAUACACUCGGCGUUUUCCACACCCACGCCGUCGCCGGAUUCUUAGGCGGUAUCCUUACCGGACUCUUUGCCGAGCCCGAGCUCUGUGCCCUUUUCUUGCCCGUAACUAACUCCAGAGGAGGUAUCUACGGCGGUUCAGGAGGAAGUCAACUCUUGAAGCAGAUUGUGGGUGGAUUGUUUAUAAUUGGAUGGAAUAUUGUUUCCACUUCUAUAAUUUGCGUGGCUAUUAAGGUUGUGAUACCUUUGAGGAUGUCGGACGAGCAGUUGAAGAUCGGAGACGAUGCGGUUCAUGGGGAGGAGGCUUAUGCGCUUUGGGGAGAUGGGGAGGUUUAUGACUCUACAAAACAUGGAAUGGUGCAUGAGUUUUCCGACGAGAAAAUUCACCGGAGAGCUUCAGGAGCUACCCAAGUUGUUUAA